AUGUAUUUCAAUCGUGAAGUUUCCAGCCUGAGCAGUGAGGCAGAACCUACUUCCACCGCGGCACCAAGCUCGUCAAACUCCAUUGUCUCAACGUCUGUCAUUUCGAGCACCGACAUCAUUAUACCCACCACCACUAGUGGGGAUGGAGCGACUGGGAGUAUGAUCGUCCCGCCUGCCCUUCCACACCUAACGUCGGACGCCAACAUCAUACAUACCCCUUCCUCGAGCAGCAGUUUGGGAGUGUCGAGCUCUAUUGUCGUCUCCCCUACUUCCGUAGAUGGCACCAACAGCACUGGCAGCUCCGUGAACACCACACAGUCACCGACAAGCACUACGAGUGGAAACACGGUCUCUGGACUAUCCUCGCAUUCUGCGCCGCUCAAUGGUACCAUCGCACCCAGCGAGCCCCCCACCUCAUACACAGUCGGCUUUUCAACCUCCAGUUCUCUCAGCGCCUUGACCAAUACUGUCGUUACACCCUCCAGCUCGAUCGGAACCAACGUUGGCAGCGGCGCGACCUCAGGUUCACUGCGGCAUACGCCCCAUGCCGUCGUCAUUGCGCUUCCGGUCGCUUCGGCCAUGUUUUUCGUCACAGCGGCGCUAUGUCUUUACAAGUCCAAGAAAAGAAGAAGUCGAGAAACCUCCGACAUGACACCCGCGGCGUGCGUACCCGAACCGCGUAGCACCGAGCAACACUGGACAGAUGUGGCAGAUGUUUCGCUCGUCGACGACUAUGAGCCACAUCUCAUCACCCCAGGACUAUCGAUAUACAUUCCCCCAGCGCCAUCUAUGAUAUCCUCUCCUUCAGCUCACCGAGACGUCUCUGCACAGGGCUACCGCUCUCCUGCGCUCGACAGCAUCUCGAGCCCCUCUGUCACCGAUGACUUUCCCCACUGCCUAUCAGACGGAAAGGUGACGGGCGAUACCCCGGCAUCUCCUGCUUCGCUAUCAGUCUGCACGCCUCGCGACCAAAUGCCCCAGCAAGACCGUCUCCAUAGACGAGGUUCCGAUGCACCAAUCCCUCCCGAGUCGACAUCACUGGCCUACGCCUACGAACGACACAUCGCUUCCUCCGCUCCGAAUCAUCUUCCAACCUCUGCGCCUGAUUCUUCCCUUCGCAGUUCGACACUCCCCAUUCCCCAACCCGAUACUCCCACUUACGAUACGCGCGUCAUUAUCGAAAGCCGCCGUUCAGCCCAGGACGCCGACGGUACCGGAGGGCAGGAGCGCAUCGUCAGGCUCCCAUGGCCGCUCGGAGAGCGACUGUUGGCCAUCCUCGAGAUUACGCCACAGCAGUACGGACCAGGCGAGCUUGACUCGACGCGCGUGGGUUCGGAAGAGCUUCCUGCGUAUGCGCCCAGGGAGUAG